UUGAUAGCUUUAUACUACCUAAACAAAAGAAAACAUCGGUUUUGGAGAAGAAGUCACUUGAAUUACCAUACCAGUCAUGGAGAAUUUUUUACUCUGUUUAACGAGUUAGAUGAUGAAAGUUUUACCAAGUCCUACAGACUACCGAGGAAUAUAUUCUACGAACCACAUAAUUUAAUUAAACCGCAUAUAUUUAAGCAAGAUACUAACUACAGGAGAUCUAUCUCUACCCAAGUGCGGCUAGCAGUAUGUUUGAAGUACUUGGCGACUGGUUCAAAAUUUUCACAAAUAGCUGAAAAUUUUAGGAUUGGAAAAUCGACUGUUCCAAGAAUUAUAGAAGAUGUCGGCGAUGCCUUGUGGACAGUAUUACAACCUUUGGUUAUGCGAGAACUUAAUGAAAAUGAUUGGAAAAAAAUUUCAAAGCAAGUUGAAGAAAUCUGGCAAUUUAAAAACUGCGUCGGGGCCAUUGAUGGCAAACAUGUGUACAUGUUUACACCCCCAAAAUCUGGUUCCUCAUAUUACUGUUAUAAACACAGGUUUUCAACUGUAAUGAUGUGCGUAGCUGACGCUACCCGAAGAAUAAUUAUGGAAGAUGUAGGUUCAAUGGGAAGGUUCAGCGAUGGUGGUAUUUUUGCUGAUAGUAUAUUCGGAAUUCGUUUGAGAGAAAACACACUGAAUCUACCACAGCCACAACCCUUGUACCAAAAUGGAGAACCUAUACCGUUUGUUUUUAUUGGAGACGAAGCUUUGUCUUUGAUGCCUUACUUAAUGAGACCAUAUCCACGCGAUAAUUUAAAUAUCGAAAAACGAACAUACAAUUAUAGACUUUCAAGAGCUCGUCGUAUUGUCGAAGCUACAUUUGGUGUAUUAUCACGGAAAUGGUACAUAUACCGUAAAGAAUUUGAAUGUAAAAUAGAAACAGUGGAAAAAGUGAUAAAGGCAACGUGUGUUCUACACAAUUUUUUAAUUGACAAGAUGCCUGGCUUUCUAGAUAAUAAUGAAUCGGGUUUGGCCACGACUAUGUUUAACGACACAAACGUGGAGAAUCUAUUAUUGGAUGACAAUAUGGAUGCCUAUCAAGUUCGAGAAAAAUUCUGUAGUUAUUUCAACAACGAGGGCGCCGUUCCAUGGCAAGACACUCGUAUUCCAAUGUCACUUCAACGAAAUACUUAG